UUCGACCAGUUUUCUGUUGAAUUGCGACGUGUGCGGUUUUUGCUUAGCCCCUUCAGUGCGCACGCAUGCGCCUUGAGUUAUGAAAGUGUCCAGCGCAACAGUAAAAACAACUAUUUAGCAAUUGCUUGUAGUCUUUUUAGUCUCUUUUAAGAAAUAGUCAAAAAGGUGUCCCAGGAAAGCAGUCCAAGAACAUGCCGCAUGGCAGCCAACGAGUGGGCUCAAUAACCCAGCUUUUAUGCGUCAUUUUGGCCCAUGGAAUUGCAACACAAAGCGGCGCUGAGGCACAGCAUCUAAUUGCCUACAUCUCGCAGCAUGGACUGCACGGAGAGAUCACGUUUCGGCAGAGCAGCCCCGAGCUGGUGGAGAUCCAAGCCAGUCUGGAGGCGACGUUACAGUAUCCCGAACAGGUUUGGAGCUGGGCCGUGCGGCGCUUUCCCGUGGACUACGCGAACAUAGAGGCCGACGAGCGCUGUCAGCUGGAGCGUCUGGGCGCCCAGGUGCUCAGCUUCGAUGAGGAACUGGAUUAUCUGGUGCUGCCGGGCAAUGAGACGGCUCGAUGGGAGCACAAGAUGCAGCUGAUCGGAGAUCGGGGCAUUUGGGGCAAGUCGCUGGUGCUGACGGAAAUCAAUUCGAAUGCACGAAUUUGCGCCACGAUAACCACGGUGCAGAACUCCAUGGAGCACAUGGCGGAGGCGCGCUUCAAUACGCCCAUUGCGGGCUCUGUCUACUUUCGCUGGCUGGCGCCGACAGAUGGCGCCAGCGGCGAUACGCUGAUCUACUCGGAUCUGUAUCACAUACAGGAACAGCCGGAGGACAAGCAUCCGUUCACACAGCAUCACUGGAAGAUCUUUGUGACGGACAUCUUCAAGCACGAUCACCAUCGCAGCGAGGACAAUUGCAAUUUCCUGCAGCUGGUGUUCGACCCGCAGGGUCAGGGGCCGGGUCACGGCAUUGGCGACUUGGAUGCGCGUCUAGGCAGAAUCAAUGUGGCCAAGAAUGCCUUGCGUCAGCCGCAGCGCAGCGUCUUUCGGGAUGCACAGCUGGCGCUGCUGCCCUCAGAUCUGACCAUACCGCAUCGCACGCUCUACUUGAUGCUCUACGACAAUCAGCAUCCGGACAACUAUCUGGCCUGCACCAAGAUACGGCACGUGCAAACGCUGACCUAUAAGACCUUCAUCAACUCUGGCGGUGUUAAGGGCGAGGUCACCUUUAGCCAGCGCUCCAAGUUCGAUCCCACCUUCCUCAACUUCACUUUGUCCACUCCGCAUGCUCCGCACGUGAGUCGCAAGUUUGCCGCAGAUGUGGCCGCCUUUCGCAUUCACAGUCUUCCGCCCGCGCCGCAAAGAAUCGGGCAGCCGGACUACUGCGAGACGACGGGCGAGCUAUUCAAUCCUCUGGAGGUGAACCUGGAGCAUGCGCCGCCACCCGGCUAUGGCACCCAGGAGCAAUACGCCCUUGGCGAUCUCAGCGGCAAGCUGCAGGGGCGCAACAAGCAGUACUUCCAUCAGUACGUCCUGCCCGGCACUAGCUCCGAGCUGAGCGGCCUCUACUGGGAUCUCUAUCUGCCUCUGCAGGGUCGUCACAGCAUCGCCCAUCGCAGUCUAGUCAUCUACACCUAUAACCGCAACGAUAUUCAUAACAUAACCAAGAAUAUAUGGGGCUGCUCUCCGUUGAAUCAAUACCAGCGGAAUGGCAUCUACCAGCAGCCCAUGUUUACGGCUCAGGUACUCUUCCGCUAUCCUAUAGUCGGUCGCGUCAUAUUACGUCAGGCCGCCGAGCAGCCCUGGCAGGAUACGACAGUGCUCUUUGAGUAUCUGAUACAGGCGGAUGGCUCCUCGCAGAACAGCAGCUACGAACAUCGCUGGGCGAUCCACAGCAAUCCGCCGGGCAAGGACUUCUAUGACUGGCAGCAGCGUUGCGUCUCGACUGGCGCUGUCUUCAAUCCAUUCAAGGUGGACUGGGGCAAUCGCAGCGUUGACGACUUCUGCCAACCGCAGCGGCCCGCCAUGUGCCGUAUGGGUGCCCUGGACACACGUCUGGGUAAGCUGACAAUAGCUGGAGGUAAACGCAGCGCGCGCCAGCUGAGCCGUCGCAUGUUCAUCGAUGGCAAUCUGCCGCUGUCGGGCAGCCACAGCAUACUGGGCAAAUCACUGGUCAUCUACGACGACCAUGGGCCAAAGGCGCGAGGCGAGCGCCUAGCCUGCUCCAGUCUGAUCGGACACUACCGUCGCAAGGUGGUGGCCAAGGAUUGGUAUGCCAACGGGGAUGCGCUCACGGUUGCCGGCAAGCUGGAAAUAACGCAGCAGUCCGAGUACGACAUCAGCAACGUGGAGGUGCAGCUCAAAGGACUGCAGGACAAUAGCGGCUAUCACAUACACAUGACACCCGUCGAGGCCAACCUGGCCUUCCCCUGCGAGGCUUCUACUCUGUACGGCCACUGGAAUCCCUUCGGAGUCAAUCCAAAGUCCUCGCCACCGCCCAAGCAGGGCACCAGCGAUCAGUAUGAGAUGGGCGACCUGAGCGGCAAGUUUGGACGACUCAAUGGACUCACUCAGUACGAGGACGCCUACAAUGACACCUAUCUCCCGCUGUUCGGCUACACCAGCAUCAUUGGCCGUUCCGUGGUCAUCCACAAGCAACAGAAGAACGCUCGCUGGGCUUGCAGCACCCUGGAACGCGGCUACAGUCCAAGUGAAGCGCGUGAGCUGCGCGCCAUCGCCUCAUUCCAUCAUCCCACCGGCUAUGCCUAUGGCUACGUCAAGAUGACGCAGCUCAUUCACAACGAUGGCAGCCAAUCGGAGACCGUGAUUGAGGUCAAGCUGCGUCAUCCGGGCAAAAACGAUCGCAACACCACACGCAAUCACAACUGGCAGAUCUUUGUCAAUCCGGUGGGCGUUGAUGCGGCCGUCAAGCCAACCGCAACACGUUGCGUCGCUGGUGGCUAUGUCUGGAAUCCCUUCUACACACAGCUGGCCGAUCCCUUGAAUCUCGAUUUGUAUGAGCAGGAGUGCGGACCGGACAAUCCGCUGCGGUGCUAUGUGGGCGAUGUGGGUGCCCGCUUGGGUACGAUAGAUUUGGGUGGCGAGCGCGUGGUGCUGACCGAUUCCAAUUUCCCACUGGAAGCGCCCGUUGGUGCCAUUGGCCGUUCGCUUGUGAUCUUUGGACCGGAUCAUUCGCACGAGCGUUUCGCCUGCGCCAACAUCGAGCCUGAUCACAAUGUCAUCAAGUACAUCAAUCUGCAAAAGCCGCCACGUUUCGUUGUAGCACAAUUUCUGGAGGAGCUGCGUUCGGUGAUGGGCAUUCCGGAGUGGAUGCUGGAUGUGGAUGCGCGGCGCACAAAAGAGCUGCAUGGCGGCGCCUGCAUACAGAUGAUCAUACACUUCAAGGGGCCUCUGGCACACCGCCUCGAGUUGGAUAUGUCGCGUCUGAUAGCCGCCGGUCGACUCGAUGCUCCGAGUCUCUACAUACCGGGCUACGUCAAUACCAAGCGCAAGGCGACCAUCUCCUAUCGCACCUGUGGUGUAAGGGAUAUCAAUGAGAAGCGUACCAAAACCUUUAAGGGCAGCUUCUCAUCUAGUUUAGCAGCAACCCAGCCAAAGUUUUAUGUAUUAGCUGUGACAGUCAUCAGUUUAGUUCUCCAACUUUUGUAAAUACUCUUUGUACUUUAAGCCUAAAGACAAUAAAAAUAUUUUUGGAAAUUUUAUGA